UGACAUUUCAAAAUGACAAAUUUCUGACAUCCUGCUCUCAUUAUAUUGGUCUUUUCCUAAUCUAUAAUGUGUACUUUUUGCAUAUUUGAUAUUUUCAAAUGCUUCGCUAUGCGGUAAUUUACAUCGCUUUGUUCAUGUUAAUAUCCGGAACGUACAACGCAACAAACCUUCAGGCUUUACCAUCAUUUAGCAACAACUUACUCCAAGAAAUCUUAAAUUUCGACAAUGUAAUCCAACCCGAAAUCGGCCCACAACGUGAAAGUGAUGUUUUAGAAGGAAGAGAAAGUAUGGAUGAUGCAGAAGGCAAAAAAAAUUGUUCACCGCAUCAAAAGUGUCGUCCAUGUCCAAGUUCUGAGACAAAAACAAACCGAACGCUUUUUACCAAAAGACAAUUAAAAGAAAUAGGAUCACUUUUUGUCAAUCAUUUCCUUGAAAAUCAACGAAAAUUUGGAUAUACAGAUAAUGAUUUUAAAGAAAAAUUUGUCAAAAAUCAAGCCAAAAAGAUACAAGGACGGAAACUGUAUGAAAAAGUCGAGGAGAAAAAUGAGAAUGGAACUGAAAGAUGCCCGACAGAAAAGUUUUUCCAAUAUCCAAGCAGACAUCAGAAAAAACCGUCACGUAAUUCUGUACGAAUGCCUUUUUACAAACACAACCCCUACAAAAUUGGUCAAAAAUUUAAAAAUCAGAGAUGUGUCGCCGUUAGCUUGUAUCCAGACAACAAAAUUCCACAACAAUACGACUAUAUAGCCCUUUUAUCAAAUGAUGACAAGUUUGUUAAUAUUCCUGCAGUUAAAGUCAAUGUUUUUUCGAAUCAAAAUAGUCGAAGUGAUAAUUUCUCCCCAUUCUUCGUUUCUACUUACAAGAAAAAACCUCAACUUCAUCACAUUAGCAAAUUGAAGUAUCGACAUUACACUCAUAUUCCUAUUCUCUUCAUCAACACAAUCCCAGGUUCCCUUAAAAAAGUUUCAAAAAGAUCCCCGAAUUACUAUAUUUCGAGCAAUAAGUACUUACGCGACACUGAUCUAUUGAUCGAAAACAUCAAAACUUCGCUAAAAAUGGAGAUGGAUAAUGAUGAUCAAACUCCAAAAUAUGUUGAUAGUGCAGUUUUUGUCAAUUCGGGGUUGAAGCAGAAAAAAGAUGUUGAUAGAGAUGUUUCUAUUCCUUUUAUAAAUCAAAACCAAAAACAAGGUCUAGACAAUAAGUUUAAAGCUAGUUUUUUACAAAAUCUUCUAAUCAAAGACCCAGAUAAUACAAAACAUGAAAGUGAGAAAAAUGCACUUGAAACGUCUCAGGCUGAAAUCGAUAAUAGAAUCAAAAGUGCGGUCAAUAAAUUAGAUCUUUGUCCUCAUAAUAAGUUUAACGGUUUAGAAAAACUUAUAGUUAAUUCAUUAGAAGCUACUCCAAGAAAAAAUUCACUUAAAUUAGUGAAGAAAGAAAUUUCGAUAGAAUCGUCAAAACUCAACAAUACUUUUGUCGAUAAUGGGUUACAGAAAAAUUAUGGAACAAAUAACAAAUUGUUAAAUUCUGCAGGAUCGGAGUCGGCACCACCACAACAGAGUAACGAUCUUUUGACAUCGUUUUGCUUCACGAAUGACACUUCACGAGAAUUAGAAGAAACACCGUAUGAAAAUUUUACCUCAACCGUUACAACGGCUACAGAAAGUCCAUCUUUUCCUGUUAAAAUUGAAGAACCAAAUGCACCGGAAGAAACUAUAGCUUCUCCAGUAGAAGAAAAUAACCUUUCAGAAGCGUUUCAGUUUCUGAAUUUGAAAACAUUUCAAAAGUUGAAGUCGUCAUUUAAAAAUUUGAUGUCUUCUGGCAGUAAAAAUACAAAUAGUAGUGUUGAAGCACAACAUUUAAAACAAAGUAGUACCACCUAUACGAUAUAUCAAAUGAUAAUAAAUUCUAAUAUUUCGGAAACUUUCCCACCUUCUACAAUUUCUGAGAACAGAGUACCAAUGACGCAAAGUAGUAUUAGUAAGUCUGAAGAAACACAACAGAUAUCUUCAAGUACAAGUAGUAGCAUGAAAGAAGAAUAUGUAGAAAAAAAUUUAGGACACUAUACAAAUCCUGUACCACAAAUAAGUGGUUUAAAAAUUAAUGAGGAUACAAAACAUGGGAAUUAUGGAAAGUUACCAUCAGACGUAAAAUCAACUUCAUUGGCACAGCUACUUUUCCCUACCCACGUCACAACAUACAAAACAAACAAAAUUGAGGAUAAAGUCACUAAAAGAACACAUCCUUUUCUAGAUUACAACCAAGUCGCAAGUUAUAAACCAAAUGAGUAUCAGGAAAAUAAUCCCCAAAUGUUUCAUCCCUACGGUCAUGCACCAAACUAUGGAUCAAAUGAGUAUCAAGAAAACAAUCCCCAAAUGUAUCAUCCUUACGGUCACGUACCAAAUUAUGAAACGAAUGAGUAUCAAAAUUACAAUCCCCAAACAUAUUAUCCAUAUGGACACCCAUCAAUCUAUGAAACGAAUGAGUAUCAAGAGAAUAAUCCUCAAUUAUAUCCUCCCUACAAUCACCUACCAACUUAUAGAACAAAUGAGUAUCAAGAAAAUAAUCCCCAAGCAUACGGCUAUGUACCAACUUAUAACCCAAAUGAGAAUAAUCCCCGAUUACAUCAUCCUUACAGUCACGUAGCAACCAAUCUAACAAACAAAUUUCAAGAACAUAAUUUUCAAGAAUAUCCUCCUUAUUAUUACAAUCCAACCUAUAAAACAAAUGAAUAUCAAGAUAUUAAUUCCCAAGUAUAUCCUCCUUAUUAUCACGUACCAACUUACAGCUCAAAUGAGUACCACGAGAAUGCUCCUCAUAUAUUUCCUCCCUAUUAUCACCUACCAACGUAUAGCACAAAUGAAUAUCAAGAAAAUAAUCCCCAAAUAUAUCCUCCCUAUUAUCACGUACCAACCUAUAGCACAAAUGAGUAUCAAGAAAAUGCUCCUCAAGUAUUUCCUCCCUAUUAUCACGUACCAACGUAUAGCACAAAUGAAUAUCAAGAAUAUAAUCCCCAAGUAUAUCAUCCCUAUUAUCACGUACCACCAACCUAUAGCACAAAUGAGUAUCAAGAAAAUAAUCCCCAAGUAUAUCCUCCCUAUUAUCACGUACCACCAACCUAUAGUACAAAUGAGUAUCAAGAAAAUAAUCCCCAAGUAUAUCCUCCUUAUUAUGAUGGAACAAAUGAAAAUCAAGAUAAAAAUUUCCAAGUUUAUUCUUCUUACGAUUAUGUACCAACUUAUCGAACAAGCAUAUAUCAAGAAAAGAAUUCCAAAGUAUAUUCUUUUAACCAUCAAGUAUCAACUUACAGGACAAAUGAUUAUCAAGAGAGUAAUCAUCAAAUAUAUCCUCCUUAUCAUCACAUACCAACCUAUAGAACAAAUGAGUAUCAAGAAAAUAAUCCCCAAGUAUAUCCUCCUUAUUAUAACGGACCAACUUAUAGCACAAAUGAGUAUCAAGAAAAUAAUCUCCAAGUAUAUCCUCCCUAUUAUCACGUACCAACCUACAACACAAAUGGUUAUCAAGAAAAUAAUCCCCAAGUAUAUCCUCCUUAUUAUGACAGAACAAAUGAAUAUCAUGAUAAAAAUCCCCAAGGUUAUUCUUCUUACGAUUACGUACCAACUUAUCGAACAAGCAGAUAUCAAGAGAAAAAUCCCAAAGUAUAUCCUCUUAACGAUCAAGUAUCAACUUACGGGACAAAUGACUAUCAAGAGAAUAAUUAUCAAAUAUAUCCUCCUUAUAAUUACGUACCAACCCAAAGAACAAAUGAGUAUCAAGAAAACAAUCUACAAGUACAUCCACCUUAUUAUGAUGUAUCAACUUAUAGCUCAAAUGAGUAUCAGAAAACUAAUUACCAAGGAUAUCCUCCCUAUUAUCACGAACCAAUCUCAAAUGAAUAUCAAAAAAACAACCCUCAAAUACAUCCUCCUUAUUAUCAUAUACCGACCUAUAGUACAAAUGAAUAUCAAGAAAAUAAUCUUGCUUUAUAUCCACCUUUUUAUCAAGCACCGACUCAUAAAACAAAUGAAUAUCAAAAAAAUAAUCCCAACGAACGAGUUUCAACCUAUGGAACAAAUGAGUAUCGAGAAAAUAAUCCUCAAGUUUAUCCUCCGUAUUAUCAUGUACCAACUUAUUCCACAAAUGAUUAUCAAGAAAAUAAUCCUCAAGUAUAUCCUCCGUAUUAUCAAGCACCAACUUAUAGAACAAAUGAGUAUCAAGAAAAUAAUCCCCAAGUUUAUCCUCCGUAUUAUCAAGCACCAACUUAUAGCACAAAUGAGAAUCAAGAAAAUAAUCCUCAAGUAUAUCCUCCGUGGUAUCAAGUACAAACUUAUAGCACAAAUAAAUAUCAAGAAAAUAAUCCCCAAUUAAAUUAUCCUUAUCAUCAAGUACCAACUUAUAGAACAAAUCAGUAUCCAAAAAACAAUCCCCCAGCAUAUCCUCCUUAUGACUACCCAACAACCCAUCGGACAAAUGAAUAUCAAGAAAAUAAUCCACAAUUGUAUCAUCAUUACGAUCGUGUUACAACCUCCAAAACAAAUGAGUAUCAAAAAAACAAUCCUCAGAAGUAUCAUCCUUACCUCCAUGCUACAACUGAUAGAACAAAUAUAAAUAGAAAAAGUAAACCCAGUGACUUCCAUAAGACAAAUUAUAAAACAACCGAAUUUAAAGGAAGUAUUCCUAAAUUAACUCCAGUUCCUCAAGCACACCGAACUACAACAUACCCAAGCGAAACAUUUAAGGAAGUGGAAGGAGCUCCAAAUAAAUUUAACAACUAUAGAGACGACGAUCUUAGUGGUAUCUUAGAUUUACUAGGACAUGAUUUGGAUAUUGCUACUAUUCGCACGAGUGAUACUAGCGAGCAGGGUAUAUUAGAAAAAAUCAAAAGUAAGUUACGUACUUUGAGUAAAGAUGUGAAACUAGUACUAACAAUACAAAAUUUACUUUCUAAAUCAAACAAGCGGCCAAAGAACCAAGUAGUAAGAAGAAAAAAAAAAGUACCAUUCAAUAUUGGUCUUCGAACCAAAAGAAAAAAAUUCAGAACUUUUAAGAAACAGGAGACCAAAGAAGUUGAAAGUUUAAAACAUAUUUUGCAUCGCAGAAAGAAACAUUUGGUAAAAAAGUUGAUGAAAAAGAGAAGAAAGCGGAAUACAUGAGAACUGAAUUAAAAAAUUGAAAACCACCAAAUGAAUUGCAAGGAAUUCGAAGGAGAAACUACUAACAAGAUAUCUAAUGUUGCUUAAUUUUAAGUCAUAACAAGUGAAAAUAUGAUAAUAGGUUUGAAAAUCCUAUAAUUAAACGUAAAAUUUAAUCUAAUAAAUGGUUUUCUUAAUUAUAUAUUAAGAAAAAUACAUUAGUUUUCAUUAUUCUUUUCUUCUACUAGAACAAAUCAUUCAGU